GUCGACUUCGAUGCCGCAUCUCGCAACCACCUCGUCGGCCAGCACCUCGGUCUUUGCGCGCUUCAAGAGGCACAACACGGGCGGCAUUGGAACGACGAGCAGUGGAGAUGCUGCUGCUGCUGCUACUGCGCUCGCUUCUUCUCCCGAAAAGAAUCGCGCUGACCUGAAACUGCAUCGACCGCGAACCGCCUCCGUGAGCGGACCCGGCGGCGCUGUCGAGUGGAAAGGAGGGAAGCUGGUGCAGCACGACCAGAUCACCAAGACGCAAAACAGCCACCGGCGCGACAGCAGCAUCCUCAGCCUGACGACGACGGUCGCCGACAGCGCAAAGGAGUUUGGUGCCAAUGUGCGAAGGAGUGUGAGUCUGAGGUCUCAGUCUCAAUCGCAGAGAGGUAGUGGCAGUGGCUCCUCCUUUGGCAACGGCAACAAUACCAGUAUCAGUAACCCCCACAGCGCAAGGGUGUCGGGAUCGGGUCAGCACUCUACACCCUUGAGCGCUGCGAGCGCGGUCGAGGCUUCGGAAGAGGAGGGGAAGGAGAAGGACAAGGUGGAUAGCACCGCCGCGCCGACGGCGGCUGCGACCACAACGACUGCGACUGCGACUGCGACUGGCACUCCGACUGCGACGGCAUCAGGUCCAGCUUCUGCACAACCUCCUCCACUGCGGAGGAAGAUUUCGCUCACGGCCAAAGGCCUCACAUCCAAGUUCAAGUCGACCGAGGCACUUCCUAGCCUCCAGUCACCUGUAUACCUCCAGAGCGUAGGCGCAUUCUCGCCGCCUGCCCUCGAACGCGGCGAUCCAAUGUUGGUCUCCGCUCCGCCUAGCCACCCUCCUCCUGCACUGGGCAGGAAAACGUCGGAUCAACUCCGCCCAGGUAUGCAGACACAGACCAGCGCGACGCGGGACAUUUCCUCGUCGCAUGGUACUGGCGCAUCUCUCCAGCAGGCUGCAUCUGUGCCCCAAAGCGUAUCAGGUGGACCUCUCAACCCGAACACGAUAUACACGACAAUUCAGGAAACUUCUGCAAAGCGCAUGGCGACGAUUGACUAUAUGCGCAAACUACACGAAGGCGACAUCUUUUACUUUGGAACCAUGCACUACUCUCCCGCCGUGCUACAAAGCUUGCCUUCAAUGCAGACGCACAAGCUGGGACGACGAGCGACCAAUUAUUUCUUACUUGGGUACAGUCUCCCCUUGGUGCUCGACGUCAACUCGAACACGCCCAUGGAGUUUCUGAGAGCUCUGUCUGGGCUAUUGGCAGAAUUUGAAACGUAUCAAACUCUGUGCGGGUUUGAUGCCAGCGGAAACACGGUCAAGAACAGUCGCAUGGGAGGCAUGUUCAAAUCCAGCAUCCGCAGCACCAAAGGGCGUCGUUCUAGUACCGCGAUUGCACCCAGUGACUUGGCUCUCGACGCCCGACAAGCGGAACUCUUGGGGCUCACUUCCCAUCGGGAUCCCCAGGACUUGACAUCAUCCAUCAACCCCACCGGACACGAAUUCAGUUUUCUCAUGACGCCUAACAUACCGUUUGAGCCGGACUUCAGCACCACUCUGGGGACGUUGUGUGAUAGUCUCAUUGAUACGUAUGCGAAACUGACGGAGCUGGUGUCGGGGCCGGAACACUGCACCCCGUUGGUGGGAGAGGCAUUUUCGAAAGCGGACAAGGCGAUCCGGAAGAUUCUGGUGGCGAAUGUAAUGCGGGAGUUUGAAGAGACGACGAGAGGUGGAAUGAAGAGCGAGAUGGCGGGACUGGGGAAGCUGACGCUUGGUGGGCUCAUGUAGGACGUGGGCUGUGAGCGUCAGUGGGGGGAUGAUGCAUGACGACGAUGAUGAUGAUGAUCUGAGAGCACCAGAAGAUGGAGAAGGCAUUGAAAGAGGUGGAUAUCAGGAUGACCGGCGACGGUACCGAUACAUGGCUGCGGUGCUGGGAAGGAUCGGUGUUAUGACGACGACGAUACCCUGGGGGAUUUAAAUGGCUGGCUUGAGAUUUGGUCGGAUGUGAUACCCCCUUCUACUACUUACUAUGAUGGCGUUUGUUCUUUGGAUGAGGAAACACGGGAAGGAAUGGUUCAAUGGGAGUGUGCUGUAUAUAUAAUAUACCGUAUAUGUGUGUGUGUGUGCGCGAUGCGAUCCCAGCCGCAUGCACCCGUCGAGACGGUCGAUGUCG